CUUCCUGCUCAUUAUAUUCGUGGAUAGAAUGUUACGGAAAUAUUUCACAAGGAAGUAUUACUGCACGUGACAUUCUUCAUCUGUGUGCUACAUAACGUGGUGGGAAGUAUGGGUAACCUAGCGAUCGUAUUGGUGUGUAUUGCCUUUGUUGGAUGCGUCUCCAGUGGCGACAUAUGUGUUGGCGGUGACGUCAACGGCUGUACGACGUUGUUCAAGUGGGUACCCUACCAGUCUACGUUCAGACCUUACUGCAACAGACACGAUGUAUGCUAUGCGUGUGGGUCAAGAUAUGAAAGGUCAAAAGAAGACUGCGACAGGCGUUUCAAAAGGAACAUGGACAAGAGCUGCAGUGACCUGCAAUGUCGAACCAUGGCGGCCUUUUACUACAAGGCUGUGCGGGUGUUUGGACAUUUCUUCUACCGAGACCCAGCCAAGUCGUGGUGUGGGGAGUCGUGGGUGUUUAACUGCAUGUGAUACAUGGCAGUUACGUACUUGCAAUACAUACAGCGGGACACCUGAUCAAUAUUUGGCGUUUGCUGUUUUUUAAUCCAUUAAUCUGUGGUUGUAGUUUUGUUACUUGUUUCUAAACACGACGUAAUUAUCGUUGAACGGCGAGUGACAUCUCAAUAAAAUAUAAUUUUCAUUA